CUGCCCCGGAAGUACUCAUGUUGCCAGGGGUGGGUUAGUUACGGGGCCAACGCUACCCGCUGCUUCAGAUGAGCUGGUAGAUACCUUUGACACCAAUGCAGUACAGGAAUUGGAUUUUGGCAGGACUCAUCUGUUUCAAGACUCCUUGCAGUAAGGGGUGCUGAGGUACCUACGCAAGUUUGGUUUUGAAGUUAACCAGAUAUGGUAUCAAAACAGAAGAAAGGUUUUCGAGAGUCGAUUGAUGAUGUUCUGGAUGACCUGCUUGGUGACGAUGAUAAAAAAUCCAUUUUCCCUGCCAUACAAUCAGGAAACACCUCCAGGAGAUCAGCUCCCGCAAUAUCCAGAAGUAACAAAAAGUCAUUGCUGGAUGAUGACUUUUUUAAUAAGUUAGCACAGGAGGCUGCCAAGGACAACGAUGAGUCUGAGAUUUCAGAGGUUGAUCACCAGGCUCUAUUAGAAACAAUGAAGGAUAUUGAUGACAUGGAUGCUGACCUCUUUGGGAAGAAGAACCGGCCCUCUGCUCCAACUCAACGUGCUGAAUAUCCUGCUGUCACAAAAGGCUCCAAACCAGAAUCCUCCAGAACUGUACAUAGACCUUCGGAUGUGAAAGAUUUAUCUGGUCAGGAUGAAAAUGAUCACUGUGUUGCUACCACUUUCAGGCACCAUUACAAGAAGUUUACAUUUGAUGAUGAAGAUGAUCCAUUGGAAGGGAUUCUUUCUGAUGAAGAAGAGGAACCAAAGAAAAAAGCAGUCUCAGAACAAAAACUGAGCCUCUCAAACAUAGAUCUUCAAGCACACAAGGAGGAGGAGAAAGUUCCCUCCAGCUUAGCAUCUGUUCCAGUUAUGACUACUGCACAGAGGAAAGAUGAAUUGUUCUUUGAUGAUGAAGGAGAUGAUCUUAUGGAUGCCCUUGGAAUUGGAGACAGCCCAGAAACAUCAAAGCAGUUGAAGAGAGUGGAAGAAGAGACACUGCGUCCUGCUCGUUCGAAGCUGGAUGAAUUGUUAGGAAGAGGUACAGCCAAGAAGUUACUUGAGCAACCUUCAACUGGUGAAAGGAAAGAAUUUACGCUAGAUCCCAAAUACAAAAAAACACCAGAAAAGGAAGAGCACCUGGAUGAUUUUGAAUUCGGUUCCUACCAGCCGACUGUGGCCACGACCCCAGACGAUCGUCAGAUCAGGCGUCAGUCAGUGAGAUUUAGCCCAGAGGGAGAAAGAAAAUCCAAUAUUGAUCAGAAACCCAAAACAACCACACCAUCGGUAACCGCAAUUCAAGCACAGGGAAAUAAGGGAGCCGCUGACUGGCUGGGCCUGAAAGACGAUGAUGCUCCUGAUUUGGAUAAUGAAAACUCAACCAAGGAGGUGCAGAAAAGGUCAAUAUUUUUCAAAGCGAUGUCUGAUUCCAAUCUUUCAGCCACCCAUGACCAAAGCAAAAGGCCACACUCAGCCGGGCGUCCCCCAUCUGCACCAAAGCCAAAUGAGAAGGCGCCUGUCAGAUCUUCAUGUUCCAACUCAAAGACUGACGAAGCUGAUGUAGUAAAGGACGAUUGGUUGAAGAUGAUACUAUCUCAGAAGUCUCAAGCUUCAGAAUCUCAUCCUUUGACAUUGAGUGAUGAAGUUGAUAGAGUGGCAGGCAUAUGCAAACAAAGUGGAAUGUCAGAUGCACAUGGAGAGUCAUCACUCACCGUAGUAAUAGAACCGACAGCUCUUAGUGAUCAUGUAGAUCCUCGGUCCUCAUUUCCAAAAGAGAUUUCACAAAAGCAGGCUGUUCCACCAGUUUUGUCUGAUUCUUUGAAAGAUUCCAUCAUCAAAAACACAGACAUGUCUGCAUCUGUGCAAGAUCAGCCAGAAGAUAAACUACCUGCCAUACAGGUAUCACUGUCUACUGAUCAACUGCAGCAGUUACUUCAACUCCAGCUGCUUCAAUCAAAGUCUGAGAGACAAGGUUCAAGUGUCGAUGGGCCCGAUGCUGUGCAACUGGAGAAUAGACAGACAAACAUGCAAAAGAAACUGAAGAAUGAUGAAGCUGAACAGCAAGCAGCCCUGAAGGCUGCCGAAAUCAAAAUCGUUGAGUUGGAGAGUAAGGUGAGAAAGCUGGAGCUGGAGCGAGAACAACAAAGGAGUCUGUUGGAGAGCCUGCAGCAGCAACAUAAGGAUGAUCUAGACCUGAUAGAAGAUGCACAUAGGAAUCGCUUGAAGAUAAUUGAGUUAUCGUAUCAACAGCAGGUGGCUAGACUGCAAGAUGAGAAUCGGGAACUCUCCGAGCAGCAUGUGGCACGGCAGCAAUGCCUGGACCGAGAGAGAUCAGAACUGGUUGCACGGUACCAGCGCAAACUGAGUGAAUUUGAGGAAGAAAAAGCCAAGGAGCAGGAGCGGCUCAGGGAACUUCAGCGACAGUCAAUUGCAGAAAUGCGAAGACAACAUGAAGAGCAGUUACAGCACAUACAGCAACUGAAGGAGCAGGAGAUCGAUGCUGUCACCAGUGCAUCCUCACAUACAAGAUCACUCAAUAGUAUCAUUGCGCAGAUGGAAAUCUUCUCUGGGAAGCUGAAUGAUCUUUCCUAUAAAGUGGAAAGCACGCAUCAGAGCACGUCCCAUGAGAUGGAGAUUAAUGCACGGUUACGAGAUGAGCAGCAGCGAGCUCAGCAGGAUAGACUGUUGCACCAGCAGAGAGACCUGGAGGAAGAGAGGGCACGCCUACAAGAUGUUAUAAUUAAGAUGGAUAUCAGGCUGAAUGAACAAACACGACUUCUUGAAAAGGAGCGGUGGAGGGCAUCAGCAGGGCAAAGCAAAGUGGAAUCACUGCAGCGAUCCCUGGAGGAAGAACGUAAACUCAUGAAUCAACACUUCAGUAUUGAGAGGGAGGAGCUGGAGAGGGCAAAGAGUGCCUUGCUGGAGGAGCAGCAGUCGGUGAUGCAGCGCUGUGCAGAGGAACGUCGAAGACUGGCUGGCGAAUGGGCAGAGUUUCACACACAACAGAAACUGAACAGUGGCCGGAUAGAACGAGAUACCAAUCGUUCCUUACAGCUCAGUGCACAGCAAGAAGGAGCAAUCUUCAGCCUGGCAAAAGAACAUGCUGAAUUGAAGGUAAAAGUUAUGGAAGUGAAAUCAAAGGAGGAAAAGCUAGCUGAGGAACGAGAGCUGCUGAAUCAAGAGCGUCAUGAACUACAGCUGGAAAAGGAGAAGGUUAACGCUAUGGCAAUACGUAUCAAGCAGAGAGCCGAAGAGGUGGACAACAUGAGUAAGCUUGCCUCUCAGAAGUUUGAGGAAGGGGAACAAGCUUUUAUGGAAGCCAGAAGGGUAGAGUCUGAGCACCAGGCACGACUGCAUGCUAUCCAACGGAAAAUGGAGAGACUUCAGCAGCAAGAACAGCAGAUACACCAGGAACGUCUGAGUCUCGCCCAGCAACGAUAUCAACCACGCAAAUUCACAACAGGAAUUCCCGUCAGUACACUGGUGCCACCUAUCAGGAACCAAAUGGUACCCAUGGUAGACCAUUCUUAUCUUUCUCCAAUGCGCGAGAAUGCUCUUUGUAGUACACCUGGGAAUUCUGGAUCAGGUCGAUAUACUGAGAAAAUUGUAGGAUCCGAGGCUUCAGAAUUGGGGGCCAAGCUUGCUAUUUUCAGACUUGCUGGUGAGAAGGACCAUGAUUUCCUUGAAGAUGAGCAGUUCUUCCUGGAGACACUGAAGAAGGCUCAAUAUAAUGUAUUUAGCCAAACAGCAUAAAAACUGCAUGAUGCUGGUCUUCCAUUGGCAUUUUUUUUUACAUUUGUUAUGAUUAUAAGCUGUGCAAAUUUUUAAUCUAGUAUUUUUUAAUAUAUAUUUUUGUAGGAAAGCAAGUCAGGUACAUCAAAAUAUCAUUUUGUGAAUGAAUUAUGUACCUGAUUGUUCCUGUGGUAACAAUUUCUAACUCAUCUGCUGGCUUGGAUGUAACUAAUUUUUUGACACAAGUUUAGACUGUCUAUGAAAAUCAAACAAGCCUAGUCCCUCAAAUGUAAAUCACAUUGUGUGGGUAGUUGGCGGACUUGACCUGGCAGUGUUUGAAGCUACACGAUUUGUAACGGAACUUUUUCAGUGAUUAUGAACCAAAAUCCUAUGCAAGCAGGGAGUUUAAGCAUGGUCUGAGUUUUCUGAAAUACGCACUUCUAAAUCAUAAUUAAAAAAUUAACUUGCCCACAGCCCAUACCUAGUUCCUAUUCCCUUAAUCAUUUUGUUUACUUGAUAAGUUGAUUAUUUUCCGGGGAAGGACUAUAGGGUUUGACUUGAUACUGGAAUUAGACAGUCAGAUGGCAAUCUGUGUUAAGUAUAGAGGAAUAGCAGUCUUAACUUUUGAACAUUAAUGUACAUCAGAUUUCAAAUUUGAGAAUGGUCUUUUUAAUCCAGUCAGCAGAUUAAUCCAUGAUCAAAAGUAUUAAAAAGUCUCAUUCUCUUGAAACUGUGGCUCCAACACAAAAGAGCCCUGCUACUUUCUAGAAUACUCACUUCAUGCAAAACAACCUAACUAGUUCAUCUAUUUUUACUGUAGGGAUUCUUGAUAAUUUUCUAGAGAUUAAUGUACAUCAUGAGAAGUUCUCUACAGAAUUAAAUGCAGCACAUUUUAUUUAUAUUUUUAAAAUUAAAACAAAGUGCGGGAAGUGGAACUGACUGUCUUACCUACUUCCAAUAGCAUGUCAGUUUUGGAUAAAUGUAUAUUGAGAUAAAAUAUGCAGAUUCAGGUCAGAACGUUCCCUGCCAGUCUGGCUCACUACUCUCUCGACUAUGAUGUGAUUCUAUCAUAGUGAUGUGCUUGUAUGAAUGCAUGUGCCCUCUCUUCUUAGUUUUAGUCUCAAAUGGAUCAACAUCGGUUUAACAUUGUUACAUUUACAGCAAGGUAGUUUAAGGCUUGGGUCAAGUUUAAUUUUUUUCCCCUCCUGAGCAACCUCACAUUGACUCAAACUUUGAUAGCACACUAACAAUGUAUCUAUUCUAAUCUUUAAUAGUUUUACUGUUUCUAAUCUACAGGGGAAUCUAGCUGAUCUCCCACCAUGAAGCACAUAAACCACUGCAGUGCCGUGAGAAGAUGAAAAGGGUUCAGACCAUUAAUUGGUUUUCAUCUGUAAAGGCUUCAACUGAUGUUUUAAAAAUGUAGAACUAUAAAUUUUAUUACAUAAAUUAGACCAAUGUGAAUUAUAAAAUCACAGAAACACAUAAAAACAAGAGAACUAACCUAAAGUACACAAAUAACAGUAUAAAAGAAUAAACAAACACCUUAAAAUCAUGUUAGAUAGUAGUCAUGGACAGCCUGGAGCAAACAUUCAUUAAAUUUCUCCGUUCCAAGAAAGUGAGUUAGGGAACCAUUUCUCUCCAGCACAAAUAUGAUGCUCCCCAAAAAAAUGCAUUCUUGACAUCAAAAUUCUCCAAAGUAACCACCCCCAGGACAACCCAUUCAUGCAGGGAGCCUCUGUUGUCCUCAAAUCUGGUUACACUCACCCAACUACCAAAUUUUUCCUUCCAGAAAAUGACUUCAGCUAUCCCAUGUUCAUUGUUACUAUCAACAAAAGCCAAUUUUUUUUAAAUGCCAUUCAGCCUAACUAAGAAGCCUUAUUACAAAGUAGGUCUAAUGGUCUCACGCCUAUUAGUUCUUGAUUCUUCACUGCUGGACAGUUUCCGAAGAUGUGGCCGGUAUGUGCUGCCCUUGUCCAUUGCAGUAUUUCUGUUAUGAAAGCCAUUUUAGAAUCAAAGUCGUUUACUGUCAUAUAAGCAAAUACAGUAGAUUCUGGUUAAACAGGACAGCUGCUUAUUUGAGACAACUCUUACAGAACAAAAAGUAGUUGAGAAACUAGCCAGAAUUCCCUUUGUUUAUUUGGGACACUAUGCCAGUUAACUGGGGCAGAAGACUGCAGCUGCACAGUUUCUAACUAAUGUAAGAUGCAUACUCUUGUGUGGCUUUUAGACACUACACCAUGCUUAGAGCAAAGUUUUUAAAUAUUGUCAGUAGCAUGUGCUUGUGUUUUUUUAAAAAAAAAGUGACUUGUAUCACAGAAAGUUGGUGAGAAAUAAACAGCAAGACAAUUUAGAACUGUUUUGCUCACAGCGGUUUCAAGCAUUCAGGCCAGAAACAGCUGGGAGUGUAAAUGAAAGUUACUUCAACAAGUUAGGAACUACAAAGAAUUGGAAGGUAUCAACAUCAUUUUGGAUGUUAAAAUGAAAAUGAAGAUUUGGAGGAUGCAAUUGUUAAUAACAUUUUAUGAAGGUAGUCCACUAUCUUACACUAAAUGUCUGUGCUGAUUUUGUUUAUUUACAGUCAGUCUAAAGAAUGUGGCAGAUGAACUUUUCCAUCAAUAAUUGUUAGGAACUAAUACAGUUUGUAGCACUGUAAUAGUAUUGAUGGUGCUAUAAUUUUCCCUGUAU